GUAGUAGGAAUCAGAAGAAGCAUUCACUACAGUUCAGUCUAACGCAGGAUGAGUGCAAAGGUUGAUACAUCUGCAUCAGCAACUGGUGGCCAAAAGGUCUCCAAGUUUGCUGCUAAGGCUGGAUUUGUUAUACCGAAAAACAAGUUGUCGGGUUCACUGGUGCCCAUCUCUCGGGGAGGUAAAAAUGUUGGUGCUAGUGAUUAUGGUAGUGGAGAGAGUAAGAAACAGGUUCAGAGGAAAACGAAAUGGGGUGCUGAUCUGUCACAAGAUGCUUCUGUUAGAAAGGGAAGAGCCUUAGCUUAUCAGACUCGGGUGGAUCAAAUUACACAACAGCUGAAAUCGGGAAUGUCAGAGUUUGGUAACAAUGAGAACAUGCCAUCAGCAACUCAGGAUCCAGACCACAGAUCCUUUACGUAUCAAGUUGACAAGGAGGGUGCAGAACAAUUGGAACUUGAAAAGCGGGAAGCCAUAGGUGAGAUACUAAAGCUGAAUCCAAGUUACAAGGCUCCAUCUGAUUACAAACCUUUGUUGAAAGAGGCUACAGUUCCUGUUCCUGUCAAAGAAUAUCCUACAUACAAUAUUCUUGGUCUGAUAUAUGGGCCUGGAGGUGAUAAUCAGAAGCAAUUAGAAAAGGAAACAGGAGCUAAGAUUCAAGUCUACGGUACCAAAGCAGUGACAGGAGAAAAGGCUGAAAUAAAACAGUAUGCUGGGAGUGAAAUCCAGGCUGAAUAUGAAAAGUUAUAUGUUCAUGUAUCAGCUGAUACAUUUGAGAAAGUAGAUGCAGCUGUUGCUGUAAUCGAACUGCUAGUCACCUCUGUAUCUGGAAAUAUGUCGGCCAUUAUGGGUGAUAAUGCUCAUGUUCCUAGUCAAGGCCAGGACACAACCACCUCAGAUAUGGUUCCUACUACUAUCAUAGACCAAGGACCGGUGCUACCAGCAACAGGACAUACACAAACUCUACCAAAUGGGCAGUUUCAGUAUCCUGGUUCAUUUUACUCUACAGGCCAACCUGGCAGUCCAAUGAAUCAACUUGGCUUCACACCAAUGAAUUCUCAAAUGCCAAUUCUAAACAAUGCUGCCCAUCCAUCAACACCUCCUUUUAAUUCAACAAUGCCAGCUCUUCUUCCCCAUAUACAACACCUACCACCAUCAGUUUUGCAGCAUACAUAUAUGCCUCAGACCAGUCCUGGUUCUCAUGGCGCACCAAGAAACUUCUCUAUGAUGGCUUCCCAGCCUUCAUCAGUUCAAUCUAAUGUUUCAGCUCCAGUUACAUUCUUGGGAAACCAACCCCCACCAACAGGCCAAAGUAAUCAUCCCCUUGCAAGAAUAUCUGACUGGCAACAGGCACCUGCUGGAAGCUCUGGUGGAUGGAGCAUACCACCGACAUCUGCAGGUUUCAGUAAUAAUAUGCAUAUGGCACCUAAUCCUCUAAAUCAUCUCAAUGCAGCUCCAACUUUUACUUCUUUGCCGCAACCUCACCCUCCUACUUUACCAAUACUGGCACUUGCUCAACCCCAACCAUUUAUAAGCCCUAUGUCAGGCUCUGCUCCAGCUCCUUCUUCAGGCCUAGUUACAUCUCUACCUCCUCCUCAUCAAUCAAGAGUCCCUACUUCGGUCUCGGGAAGUGUACAAAAUUUCAAUCCUAUAAAACCACCAAUACUGACAGCUCCAAGUCCUGGUGACUUCACUUUCCAGCCUCACCGACCGCAAAGUCCAGCCUUUCAAGCAGUUCCCCAACAAAGCAAUCAGUUUUCAGUUCACAAUGCUCACCCGGCUGGACCAAUGGGGCGACCUCAGGUAAUGUCUCUACAGUUGCCUGUGCGACAUAUGACUCCUCAACCUUGCAAUCAGGUGUUACCAGGGCCACAGGUGGGUGACCAGAUUAGUCAACCUUCAGCUCAUAUUUCUCCUAUUCAGUUUGCCAGAAAUUCAACAGUUCCUCCCAGACUGGAAAUGUUUCCAGAUGUCAAUCCUGUUGCACCUAGAAUGUCACUCUUGCCAAUGAGACCAGGGAACUUCAAUCAAGCUCACCAAAUGCCCAAUUUGCGCAGUCCUUUGCCUCCAAUGCCAGGAAGUCGUAAUCAGUUUCAGCAAAGUUAUCCUGCUCAAUUGGCUCCAAAUCAACAGUUCAUCAACAAUCCAUAUGCAUCUGGCAAGUUGUCUAAUCCUGGAGGACACCAACUUUAUGAUCCAUUCUCUCCCAAUUCUGACUCAACAGCAAGGAGGUAAUCCAGCAUAGAUGGGAAAGCAGGAGAAUGAUCCAUACUAAUGAAUGUAUUAUGAGCAGAUAGUCUAGGAUUUGUAAAACAGAUAUAGUCUCUGCAGGAGUCUUCAAUAUAUUAAUUUCCAAAGUGUACACAGAUCAUAUAUCAACGUGCUGUUACGCUGCUUU